AAUGUCAUGUUCAAUUUUGAACUGUGAUUACUGUGAAGUGAUUGGCGACAAAGUGGAAUGUCUGAGAUCUCCUUGUGCUUCCAAAGCUUCUAGUGUAAAUAACAAAAAGUUUUCAUUUUCAAGUAAAACUUGUGCUGCAAGUUGUCCUUCUGAUUUGUCAUGUGCAACCAAAAAAGUAAAUGAUGAAAAUGAAGCCUGCUUUUGUAGAUCUUGUCCUGUUAUUCUAGCAGGAGCAAAUGCAGGAGUGUGUAAAUCUUGUGGAACCGACUGUGAAGACUGCCAACUAUCAGCUGACAAGAUGGAUGUUGAAUGUAAAACAUGUAAAGGUUCAAAACAAUGGGUAUCAAUAGAAGUAUCUAGUAGUCUGACAAAAGGAUGUUAUGACUGUACUAUUGCAUCACCUCAAUGUAAAGUUCUGGAACUUUCUGGAGGUAGUUGUAGAUGUAAAUCAGGUGAAUGUAUGGGUGAUACAAGUAUUUUUGGUAAACACACUGUUCUACAAGCUGGUUCUGGAUAUCAAGGCUGUAAAGCUUGCGUUGAAGAAAUUCCAAAUGUUCUCUGGUGUAGUGGUCCGAUUGGUUCAGCUACAGUUGAUAAGUGUCAAUAUGAUUAUACUCAGAAAAUUGGAGCUGAAAUAUGCUUAUAUUCUUGCGCACCUUGCCCUGCUGGUUGUUCUGAUUGUGAUGUUGAAGGUGUUAAUCCAGUAUUUUGUACAGCUUGUACAGAUCCAAAUAAACUUGCAGAUCCAAGCGUUGUAGCAAAUACAAAUAAAAGAAUUGGAGAUUGUGUUCCUGGUGCGCCUGCUGGCCCUCAUAUAGCUGGUUGUUUACAACAAUAUAAUAAUGCUGGAGGAGGUACUCUUGAUUGUGUAAAAUGUGCUAAUAACAAAGAAAUAGUAACAUCAAGUGGAUGUGAUUCAGUAACUGGAUGCAAAGAGAACUACUCAAUUGCAGGAGGUGCAGUUGUCUGUAUGCUGAUCCUACAGCACUGCAAAGGAUAUUUUGCAUCAGCAGCAUCAGUUGCUCCAGCAAAUAGUGGCCGAUGUGCGGGAUGUGAUACUGGAUUUGUUCUUGAUUAUUCUCCAACAAAAUAUGAUUGUAUAUCAUGUACUGCUGCUGGAUUGGAUCAUUGCACACUUGCUGUAUCUUCGGGAGGUACAUGUAUGUGUGGAAGAUGUACUGCUGAUGCAGCAGGAAAAGUAUACCAUAAACAUCCUACAUUAUCAGGAUGCACAGAAAAUAAUGAAAUUCCCAACUGUUCUGCUCACACAUUGAAACUUAAAAAUGGAGUUUAUGUAGUAGCAUGUACAACCUGCACAGGUGCAUAUAUUUUAGCUGAAGAUGGAUUGUCAUGUGUGGUUUCCUCAAAACCUUGUACUGGAGGAACAAAAGUAGUUGCUGCUGGAGCAACAACAUGCACAUGUGAUUGCGGUGCUUCAAGAUUAAUAAAUAGUGCUGGAGAUGAUUGUAUUGCUUGUGUAACUGCUGGCAAAACAGGAUGUUCAGAGAGCACUAGAGCACUAUGUCUAUCAUUUGGAUGUGGAGCUGCUGCUCUAAGAGAUAGCGAGUUCAAUUGUGAUUCAUGUGCCUCUCUUACUGGUUGUGACAUAUGUGUUAAACAAAUUGGUGAUACUCUGAAAUGUUUGAAAUGUAAUACUGCAUAUUAUAUGGAUAGUAAUAGUGUAUGUCAGUCAUGUGUAUUUGGAUGUGAUUUCUGUGUGGAUGGAACAACUUGUAUUCCAAAUGGUUGUAAGGAUGGAUAUAUCAGACAUAGAACAGAAGGAACUUGCAUACAAUGUACUGGUAGUGGAGUUUCAAGAUGUGCAUAUGAGACAGCAACUAGUGACACCCUCAUACCAAAGAUAUGCAAAACAGGAUAUACAUUAAACACUAUUACAACACCAGUAGCAUGUGAAAAAUGCAAUCCUAAUUGUAAGAGCUGCUCAACAAAUGGAAAAGACAAGUGUGAUACUGGACAAUGUAAUUCUGGUUAUUUCCUUGAUUCUAGUGAUCAAAAAUGCUACAACAAUAAAGCUGGUUGUCUUGCAUCAACCAGAAGUAAUGAAAAGACUACUUGUUCAUCAUGUAAUAGAGCAACUUCAAUACUUUCAAAUGGUGAAUGUAAAACAUGUCCUACUGGUUGUAGUGGAUGUUCAUUUGAUGCUGCAACAAGCAAAUUUACUUGUUUAUCUUGUAUAGCACAAUAUUACAAAACAACUGAUAAUUUGUGUUUGCCUUGUCCAACUGGUUGCAGUGUUUGUUCUCUCAAUGGAGCAUCAGUUGAAUGUACAAGUUGUCUUGCAAAAUAUGACUUGAAAGGAGCUUUGUGUGAUUUAUGUGGUAUUGGAGAUUGUCAAACAUGUUCUGUUCCAUCUGGUGGAAGUGAUUUGGUUUGUUUAACAUGUUCAAAUAAGUUUUAUUUGAAUAGUGAUGAUUGUGGUCAUUGUCCAAAAUUCUGUAAAGAAUGUUCAUACAAUCAGAAAUAUGAAUGUACAAAGUGUUAUGACAAAUAUGCCAAGGCAUUGGAUGGAACUUGUGUACCAUGUCCAUCAAAUUGUGAAACAUGUACAGCCAAUGCUGAUAAGACAACAAGAUGUACAAAAUGCAUUUCAAAAUCAUUUUCACUAAAAACUGAUGGAACUUGUAUCCCAUGUUCUGAAGCUGCUUUUGCCAAUUGCUCAACUUGUGGACCAACUCCUUUAGGUGGAAAAGCAAAAUGUGAUACGUGUAGUAUAGGAUUUGCUCUGCAAGAUGAUAAACUAGCAUGCAUUUCAUGUUCAAUUACUGGAUGUGGAAUGUGUGCACAUGGUAGAAUAUGUUUGAAAUGUAGGACUAUGAAAGUUCAAAGAGAUGAUUUCAUUUGUGUGUUCAUUGUCAAGUGGUGCCAUCAUUUGGUGUUUGCAGACGCCAUUGCUAAUCUCAAACCCUAA